UUCUCAAUGUAUAAAUGGUUGAAGAAAUACCAAGUCAAGUGCUCACACAUCCAUCUCUCUCUCCUCUCGAAGUGAAGAAAAGUCAGCGCCCGUCCUUUGCGCCAUUGUCAUCUCUCUCUCUCUCUCUUUUCAGACAAGAGAAAAAGUGAAGAGCUUUGACAAAACGCGAGCAGAGAUGUCCGAAGGUUGGGAUCUCUUCGCCGUAGUAAGAAGCUGUAGCUCUUUAGCUACGAGCAUCAAGGAAAAGGCCGGUGAUGGAGAUGAAGACAACGACGACAAUCUCAAACCAGAGAGCCCUCUGCCACCCAUGGCGGGUUCUAAUUUUGACCGACAGGAACACCACCACCACUCUUUCUCGUUCGCUGCCGGAAACGACAGAGACCGAGAGAGGAGAUACAGUGACAUGGAUCCUUAUGAUUGUAAUGAACUUCGAGAUUCUUGCAAGCCCUUCUUGCCCCGUUGGUGGUCUUCGUCUCCUCCUUCUUCUUCCUCCUCCUCCUCGUUAGCCUUGGUCAGCAACAGUGUCUUGAAACAAGAACAAGGGAACGAAUUACAAGAUCGGAAAGCUCAUGGGGGCGUUAGGGUUUUUCCGAGCUCUGCAACUACAAUCUCUCCUUCUGUUUUCGUCUUCAGAGGCCAACGUGAAGAGCAGCAGCAGCAGCAACAACAUACGCAAGUUCCUGGUCGAUCUCGAAAGAGAAAAAACCAGCAGAAGAGAACCAUAUGUCACGUAACUCAAGAAAACCUCUCUUCCGAGAUACUCUUCAUUUUCUCGGGAAAAUCACUUCCGGGUCAGAAAACGGCUAAACGGGUCAGGUCGAAUUUGUACAACAGGAACUAUUACAGAUGCAGCAGCUCAAAGGGGUGUUUGGCGAGGAAACAAGUGGAGCGAAGCAACUCGGAUCCGAACAUCUUCAUCGUCACGUACGCCGGAGAACACACCCAUCCACGCCCCACUCACCGGAACUCUCUCGCCGGAAGCACCCGGAACAAGCCCCAACCCAUCGACCCCACCCGUAAACCCGACCCGGGUCAGGCCGGAUCCAGCGACGCUGCGAAGUCGACGGAGAAUCUCUCGCCCACGACGCCGUUGAAGGAAAACGACGACGUUCAGGGAACACACGUGGAUGAAGAUGUUGUUAGCCAAGAGAUCACCAUGGAUGACGAAGAUGAAAUUGACGAUAUUGAUAAUGAUGAUGAUGACGAUGAUGAUGCGGAAGAUCUAUUGAUUCCGAAUUUGGCGGUGAGAGAUCGAGAGGAUUUUUUCUCCGACAUGCAAGGUUUCGCCGGAAAUUUCCCCCCUUAGUCCCCCGGAGACGGCGGCGGAGGGUGAACAUCCGGUCAAAAACAAAAAGGCAUCUUUUUUUUUUAAUUAACUGAGCGGAGAUUUUCUUGGUUUUUGUCGUUUAGUUCAGAUGAUUAGAUUAGAUAAACACAGUCUAUUGUCACCAUACGCUCGUUAAUUUCGUAUGCAUGUAGCCGUCUAAUUCUC